GGUCACGGGCCACAGGGAAACCACACUCAAUUUUGAGACUCUCGCAGAAACCGCCAAAACUUUCAAUCCUUGAACUCCUCAACACCACCGGAAAUUUCGAGCAGCAGCGAUGGCGCCUCUCUCGUACUCGAAGACCGCAAAGGUCCCAAGACGCCCCUUCGAGGCCGCUCGAUUGGACGGAGAAUUGAAGCUCGUCGGCGAGUAUGGCUUGAGAAACAAGCGUGAGGUCUGGCGUGUCCAGCUCACUCUUUCCAAGAUCCGACGUGCUGCCCGUCAGCUUCUUACUCUUGAUGAGAAGGACCCCAAGCGCCUCUUCGAAGGCAACGCCCUCAUUCGCCGUCUGGUCCGUGUCGGUGUCCUUGACGAGUCCCGCAUGAAGCUCGAUUACGUCCUUGCCCUCAAGGUCGAGGACUUCUUGGAGCGCCGCCUGCAGACCUGCGUUUACAAGCUCGGCCUCGCCAAGUCGAUCCACCACGCGCGUGUCCUCAUCCGUCAGCGCCACAUCCGCGUCGGCAAGCAGAUCGUCAACGUCCCUUCGUUCAUUGUCCGCCUCGACUCGCAGAAGCACAUUGACUUCGCCCUGACCUCGCCCUUCGGCGGUGGCCGCCCCGGUCGUGUCAGGAGGAAGAAGGCCAAGGCCGCUGAGAAGAACGACGAGGAUGGUGAGGAGGAGGAGGAUGAGUAAAUGCAUCAGCCAUCUCAUGAGCAGGGUUUGGAAGGCAUGGUUGGGGCUAGGAAAACUUAUCAUCUUUCAUCGUUGCUUCCUGGCGUUAGUUGAUAGGUGGAAAUCACAAUGAAUGCAUCGCAGAAAAGCACAUUGCCUGCCCUGAACUGAAGGUUAACUUCCUCCUGAUAUGUGGUAUUUUUUGAGUGACCCGAGGUGCAACACCGCUCCUCUACUGUAUCACCAAUCGUAGGCUUGCAAAUUAGACCCAGGUUGACAUAGACAUAGAACAACGAGAGAGUCAACGUGUUGCGAUUAUACAUACAGUCC